UUCAUUGGACGAGAGUACAAGAGGGUGGCGCAUGCGCGUUAUGCCGACGCCAUCUCUGCAACUACUGUGCCUAUUAUGUACUUGGUCUAAAGUAAAGUGAAUGCUAAUUCGUGGUAAAAAGUGUGAAUAAAUCAUGGAAUUACAUAUUCGCGAGUGAGAUCAAGUGUAUGUUCAUAGUGAUUGAAAAAGACAGUGACAUCACGGAGACUUCGGUAACGGCGGGUCAUAUCUUGCGGAAGUUUCUUGACUGUAGCAACGCAUAUUUUUUGCGGCUAUCUCUGCCGCGGGCUGCCACACAGGACUUAUUUCAUGGGCUGCUCUCGAUUUAACAGCUAGUGCUUGUGUACGGCCAGGAGGCGAGUUUUAGACGCGUUUGAAAUGAAUUCUGCUUUAAAGCCGGUGCUGCCCCAGCCGGGAGUGCCGCAGCCGGGCGGACAGGCGAGCCCCGCGAAGGGGAACGUGGCCACUGCGAACCACACCGUAGGGCACCCGCAGGGCGCUCAGAACUCGCUGCACCACCCCGGCAACAACCUCGUCGGCCAGAACCUGACGCACCACGCGCCCGCGCCUCAACUGCCUCACGCGCCGCCCCCCAUGGCGCCGGUGUCUGCCAACAUGGCGCAAAUGGCACAGAAUAUGAGUCACCAUGGCAACCUCUCACAUGUCACCCAGAACUCCGUCGGCCCCUCUAAUUUGGCCGCCAGCCCCACUAAAAGCGGGAAUCCAGUCACUCCUCUCAGUCUCGUCCAGGACAAGGCUCUUGCUCUCACCAUAACUCCUGAGAAGACUGAACCAGAUUCUACUGGACAUGCCAAUGGCACUAUUGACUCACCCAAGUCUGGUGCAAAUGCUCCAGCUCCAUUGAAACCACAGAACCCUGAGUCUAACAAAGACAAACAAGAUAUCGCUAAGACUUCACCAAGUACACCAAAACCACCUGAAAAGCCCUCAAGUUCACCAAGUACACCACAAAAAUCUGACACUGCUACCCCUGCCAGUACUGAUGGUCCAGCACAACCCAAAGUGGCAACAGCUAAUGAGCCUUCAGAGAAGUCUCCAUCAAAGCCAUCAGAGUUAAAACCAGCCCCAGCUGCAGAUGUUGCACCAACACAAAGUGAUAGUAAGCCGGUCCCAGAGUCUGCCAAUGACAAUCAAGUGCAAGAGAAGGCACCAACUCCUGUGAAAAAAGACCCUCCAGCAGCUGAAAGUCCAAAAGUGGAACCUGUGCCUGAAGCAAAGCCAGAAGAAAAAAAAGAGGAAGUCAAAGUGGAGCAGAAGCCAGCAGAUUCUGCUGAAGAUAAGAAGGAAGAGGUAGCAGCUGACAAACCAGAGAAAUCUGAAUCUCCUAAGAAGGAGGAGGUGGUUGACAAAGUACAAGAGAAGGUUGAGGAGAAAGCUGAGGAAAAGAAACCCGAAGCUAAACCUGCCAAAGCUGACUCUAAGCCAAAGUCAACAAUGAAGUUGGCAACAGUGACACCACCAAUGCGCAAGAGGAGGCAGGCCUCUCCCAGCAAGUCUAAUGAGGGGUCUACACCAGCCAAGAAGCCUGCAGAGGGAGAGAGCACUCCAGACACAAGAAUGAAAAGGAAUAGGACUAAGGUGCAGCUAUACCAGUCUCCGACUCCUGAGUUGGCGAUGGCCACCAAGCUUUCUGCUUCAGCUGGCCGCUCCACGCCGACUAAACCCAAUGAUGAUAAACUUAUCGUCUUUUACAAGAAUGAAUACUUAGCAGUACGUAACGCUGAAGGGGGCUUCUACGUGUGCCAAGCAAUGCAAAACGUGUACCGUACCACACGCAAGAUCAAGAUCCGCUGGCUGUCACAGGACAAGACCGCGGACCCGGCGGGCGAGACAUACAAGCCUGACUUUUAUGAUGUCACAGACAUGGAGUGCGUGCUGACGACGCUGUCGCUGACCCGCGGCGGCGGCGGCACGCAGGUGCUGCGCGCGGCGGAGGCGGCCCGCGCGCGCUCCAUCCUCACGCGCGCGCUGCACGCCGAGGCCACCGGCGCCACCACCACGCCCGCGCUCACCGAGGAACACCCCGACGGAUUGGACCUCUCAUUAUACAAAGACGAAUCGCAACUAGAGAAAAAGGGCCGCAAACGCAACAGUUCAAAAUCAUCGCCGAGAGCCAAACUCGACAACUCUAAUGAUACAGAGGACUCGGCGACGCCCGUGAAACGCGCGCGGACAACGCCAAAGCGCAGUCCAAAAAGCGCUCGCAAAACAAAAGCACAAACAAAAUCACAAACAAACAAUAAGAGAAAAUCGUCAGGUAGUACGCCCACUGUGGCGACCACUAGCAAGGUAGGCAUAGUACAACGGAUAUAUAGAAAUACCGCUACAGCAGUAAGUGAGAAGUCUAAAGCGAAGAGUACACCGGCCAAGCGGACGCCAGCUAAACAGAAAGCGGAGACGCCAGUCGCCACACCCACGCGCAAAGGCAGGAGAGCAGCCGGUAAAGAAGCGAAAGCGUCGCCGAUAGUCCCCACGCCGUCCACAUCGACGGGUAAGACCACUCGCACGCCGAGGAAACCGCCCGCGAAGAAAUAAUACUUGUGCACCACAGUCGUGUGCCGACAGUUCUCUAAUGAACGAACUCUAUGACCAAGUACGUAUGUUAUGUACUGUUAAGUGUCUUAACGUUAAUAUUAGGUUCCACGGGCCGAUAUUUGGAAUUCGUCAAGGAUUGGAUAAUGGAUGGUCUGUUCUUAUUUUGUUACGCUCGAUUUGGAAUUUGGUUAGUGGGUUAGUUGAACAUUAGAGUUUUUAUUUAAUGUUCGUUAACAUUUUAAUAUUAUAUAACAGAUGACUCGGUUGGCAGCGGAAAAUCCACCAAUCGGUCUUCUUCUGUUGAUAAGCAAUGCUUAGUGAACUAGGGAGGUGCAAAAGCAAACUAUCGAGACAGUUUUUUGUCUCUUUUAUUAAUUAAAGUAUAAAUAAAAUAAUUGUCAAUUUAUCAACAAUGCAUAAUGCAAUGAAUGUAUAAACUUAAUUCAUUUCCCAACUUCCAUCUCCAGCGCGAAUGAGUUGUAUCUUUCAUUAGAUAUAUUUAUUGUGGAUCACUUCUGUCUGCAUAAUCAUGGUUUAUUGUAAUUUUAUAUUUUGCUGGAAUCUGGUAUGAUGUUUACUUACUAAACAUAUUUCUUUAUAUUAUGAAAUGAAGUACAUUGUUAUAACAAAUAGCACAAUUUGUGUAUUUUUGCUUUCAAUACAUCUAUUGAUAAGUUACUUGGUUAUAAGAUUUUAAAUAAAGCGCAAUGUUUUGGGUUCUGAAGUUUUUGUGGCAACGAAAUUAUCUUUAUGUGGUCACACCGCGACGGUGUCCGUCAUAUUUGGCGGGAAAUUGAUGUUGAAUGUGUUUUAAAAUAGGAACAUUUUAUGUAAGAACCCAGUCUGUGUUGCCAUGUUGGGUUAUAAUAUAUCUAACUUGUUUUAUAUGAAAACUUUCUGAUGUUUGAAACCUGAAGCAAUAAUGGAAUUUUGUGCGAACUUACACUACAUGAAUAUGGACUCGCAUAUUGUGGCGUUUUCAAAUUGACAAAAAUAAUGAAUGUUUUCAUAGCAAUAUUUUGCUGAUUUUGAGAGAUUAGAUAUAGAAUAAUGUUCUACCUCGGAAUUCGAUAUAUUUAGGGCAUUUUAAAAGAAAGGAUUUUUAUAUUAAUUCAAAUUUUAGAUGAAUUAUAAGAGUUGGUCGUGUAGUGUAAGGUGGCGAUAGAGUAAUAGUGAAAGUUGACAUCACAUUGUAUUGAUAUUGUACGGUAUAUUGGUAAGGAGAGUGGAGAGCGAAUUAACAGGUUAAUAUAGUUUUACUAACGCGAACUAACUACUAUAUGUAAGAAACUUCGUUCUUUGUAAAUAUUUACAUUUAAGGAAAUGUUAACAACUUCAUUUCUAGGGGAUAGCUACAUUUAAUGUUCGCAGUAUAAGUAUUACAUUUUCAACUUAUUAUACUAAACUUUUAACAUUAUUGUAUUGACAGAAUAUAAUUAUUAAUUACACCGUUGUUGUCGUUGUACAGUUUGUAGUAGCAUAGCCAAGCAAUAGCAAUUAUUACGUACCAUGUCUCCGUAUAGCGUAAAGUCACUGUUUUGUUAAUUAUGAGGGAAAUUAGUUUCCCAUGUCAUUAAAGUUUCCUUUUAUCAAAACAGAUUUUAUACAUUUUUGUAGAACAAUUAAUUUAUUUUGAUUUCUUUGUUUAGUUUCAACAAAAAACUUACAUAGUGUUAUGAAUAUAACAGGAACAAUCAGUGACUUUACGCGUUACGAGAACGAUAUUUUAAAAUCUAUAAAAUGGGACGAUGCGUGUAAAUGUAGUUAAUCCCUAACCAGGUUGCGGUUGACGAGACGUGGAGGCGGUCCGCCUCGACAAUUAGGCAAUAGAUUUAGAAGUUUCUUUUAUUAAAUAAGAUUAGGCUAAAAAUUCUAAAGUUUGCGUAGAAUUGAAUUAGGUAUUGCGUCGAAAUCUUGUAUAUCAGUACAAAAGAAUUUAAAAUUUAUCAGAUAAUGUUUUAUCAUUGGACGUUUUGCUUCACAUAAAAAUAUAUUUUGAUAUGAUCAGUGUUUAUUUUUGAAUUAAGAUAUAGAAAGUGUCCUGUCGCGGUUUGUGGGACUGGGAACUAACCUGUCACAUGUUUCCAACUCGUCAUGUAGAAGAAAUUUGAAAAAUGUCUUCGUCCUAGUUCUAUGAUUUACUGUUUGGACCAAGCUAUUCAUUGUGAAAUUGUGAUUCAGAUUGUAACAUGUACAGUUGUAUACCAAAUGUUAUAAAUUAAUCACUGCCUGUACAAGAGGAACUAAAGUGUCUAGUAGAUAAAUGAAAUAUAUUUAGCAGUCACAACAGUUGUCAUGUAGGUCGCUCGCUCGCUCGCUCAGUCGCUCGGUCGGCAGCCCCAAGUACUUAGCUUGCUGGAGACUAGCUCUCAUCGACACGUUGACACGAUAGUACACAGGUUUGAGCCGAUUCUACUUUUGUUACUUACACGACUUAAGAUUGUUUAUACAUUAGCGGUGAGGUCCCCGUAUAUUUUUUGUUAAAUUGUUUUCCAUUUUACCUUUACGUUGUUAUCAAUAACUGUGCUCGUCUAGAGCGUGAGAGUGUGUGUGAACAUUAGGAAAUCUUAAGUACCUAAAUUUUAGGUGGUAUUUUUAAAUAGGUUAAUUUCUUGAAGAGAAAAGAAUAAGCUUAGAGUAUAAAUUAUUGUGUGUGUAUUUUCUGUUUAUAACGUGUACCUACUUGAGUGGAACGAAUGUUUGCGACAUUGUCAUGGCACUCUGGUACAAUAGUUGUAAAACAUAAUUUUAGCGUUUUAUACAAAAAAGAUAUCAGUUCGAGAGUACUAUUGUAACAGAAAGUCCACAAAUUUAUAUGCAAUUUAAAAUAAAUAUAAUGAUUUAAGAAA